AUGAUUGAUCACGGACCAGUUUUAAGUAAUAAAAAAUUAUUAGUUAUUGCUAAAUCUUCACCACCGGUGAUCAUCAAUGAUUAUCACGCCUCACAAGAAACAACUGAUCCAAAUAACUCUGCCAAUCAAGAGAAUUUAAGCCCACAGGACUUGAAUCAGAGUACAUCUACAAACGAUCCUGCUCCUCCAGAAUUAAAAUAUUUCAGUGAUCCGUCAUUUCUAAAUCAAAAGAAUUUAGAUUCUCAAAAUUUGAAUCAGAGUACAGCUGCGAAUCCGAGAAUAACCCCGGGUUAUCCUGGGAGCAAUGAUCUUCAAGAUAUACAUGGAAAUCUUUCUUCAAUUACAUCUACAUUAAGAAACUUUAAAGGUAAUGAUCAAGACGGUAAUCGUUCUUCAGCUCCCUCCGAAUCAAUAUAUUCAAGUGCUCCCCAAAAAUCAAACGAGAGUACAGCAACAGGCUAUCCCGGAGGCUAUUAUCAAGAUAUGCAGGGCAACCAAGGAAAUUUAAAUUCAAAUCUGAGCUCAACUCCAGGUUAUCCUAAAGGCUAUGAUCAAGAUGCAUCAAUAAAAUAUUCUAAUGUUUCAUCAUUUGUCAAUCAAGUGAAUUUAGAUCCCCAAAACGUGAAUAAGAGCACAGACCAUUCUAGGGACUAUAAUCAUUCUAAUGCUCCAUCCAAAUUAAAAAAAUCUAGUGCUUCAUCACCUGAAGCAAAUAUUAUUCCUCAACAAACCCCAAAUCAAAAAAAAGAGUUAUUUUCCGUACCACCUGGACAAUUUUUACCAGAUAAUAAACCAUCUGCUCGCCGUGAUCGUAACCGAUCCCCUAAUUCCAAAGUUCAGAAACAUUCAAAGAAAUCAACAUUGAAUGAAUCCAGCACCGUUUCUGCUCAGAAACGGAUACCUCCUGUGAAUUCUCCUCUUGAGAAUGAAACCAAUUUCGAUGCUCCUAGUAACAAAACUAAUUUCGAUGCUCUUAGAAACCAAACUAAUUUCGAUGCUUCUCUUAGAAACCAAACUAGUUUUGAUACUUCUCCUAGAAACCAACCUAAUUUUGAUGAUGCUCCUAGAAACCAACCUAAUUUCGAUGUUAAUAGAAACCGAACCAAAUUCGAUGCUUCUCCUAGAAACCAAACUAAUUUUAAUGUUCCUAGAAAUCAUACCAAUUUCGAUGCUCCUAGAAAUCAACCUAAUUUCGGCGCUCCUCUUAUCAAUCAAACUAAUUUCGAUGCUUCUCCUAGAAACCAAACUAAUUUCGAUAUUCCUAUAAAUCAAACCAAUUUCGGUGUUCCUCUUAGAAACCAAAACAAUUUCGGUGCACCUCCUGGAAAUCAAACCAAUUUCGAUGCUCCUUCUAGGAAUCAAACCAAUUUCGGAGCUCCUCUUAGAAACCAAAACAAUUUCGGUGCACCUCCUGGAAAUCAAACCGAUUUCAAACCUUUUCCUGAGAAUCAAACCAACUUCAAUUUUCCGCCUGGAAGUCAAACCAAUUUCGGUUUUCCACCCGGAGCUUUUCCCGAAGAUCAAAACAACUUUAACAACUUUGAUGCCUUUCCUGAAAAUCAAAACAACUUUGAUUCUUUUUCUGGAAAUCAAUUCAACUUCGAUGCACCCACUCACAAUUUUCUUAAUGUGGACACUUCUACCGAAUCUCAAUUCGAAAAUUCUUUCGUUCAUACUGACCAAACUGACCAACCAAUGGAACUGCCCGAUCUUAGUCAAUUAAUGAAUGAUAAUACUUUUUCCAAUAAUAAAAGUGGAAAGUUCGUUCCAAAUUUUCAAGGAGAUUCACCAAACUUCUUUAUGAAUGAAGAUAUGAGCACCCCGGAGAAAUUCUCUUCCUCGAGUUUUGGCGGACCAUCACAAUCGACUUACAGUGAUCAAGAAUCAGAUGUUUCCGAUGAUUUUGAAUCAUCACCUAAGAAAAAUCAAUCGCGACAGCACCAACAAAUACUUUCAGUUAUUACUAAACAUAAAUAUUAUCAUGCUGCAACUUCUGCUUUUGAAAGUAGAAAUAAACCAUCUCUUCGACCUGGUAUUUAUUUAUUGGUAAUGAAUCCUGAAGUGAUCCUUCCAGAAAUUUUAAAAAAGAAUCUUGUAAAGAAAGAACAUAAAAAUAUCCCAUUAAGUCCAAUGGUCGUUGAAUCAACUAAUAAGCAAGCCUUUAUUACCCGCGAGAUUAUUAAAUCUGCGGUCACCAUGGAUAGAUUUUAUUUUACUGUUCAGAUUUCAUCGCUCUAUGAUGAACUUAGAAAAAAGCUUAAGGAUAAGGCAUUACGCAUUAGUCAUGGCAUAAAUAUGGAAAAUUUGAAAAUAUUGGUAAUAAAUGGAUUAAAUAUGGAAGAUGAACUUUUAGGACCAAUGAAUUCAGCUAUUGAAGCAGCAAAAAAAGAAAGUCAUUUAAAAAAAGAACGGGAAGUGAACGCUUUGAAAAAUGAUGGCGAAUUAAUUAAGGCUAAAGCAUAUAAAUUAUUGCGAUAUUUAUACGGAAUGUUCGAAUCUCAAUUUCUUUCUAAUUCAUCGGAUCAAUCUGAUUCUUCAGAUGAGGGUGAUGAAAAGUCUUUAAAUCUGGAACAAUUUGAUAAAAAUUAUCCAGGAAUGUCAAAGAAACUUUUUCAAACAGAAAAUCAAAGAACAUUUGAGAGAUUCGUGUAUGAUGCCUUCAUAGAAGCAAUCGAAAGUCCAGAAAAUAACUGCUUUACAAUAUACAGUACAUUUUCUGAAAGAAUUGAAAAAGGGAGCAGUUCAUAUUUUUUCUCAUACUUUAAUCUUAACAAAAUUAAAAGUCUGUUUACUAAUACUAAUGUAAACAAAAUGUAUGAACAAGCAAUUAAUAUUGCAAAGAAUACCCAAGAUCAGAAGUUGAUACAUGAUCUCCUAAAUGACAACUUUUUUGGUAAAUAUGAUGAUAUUAAAAAACGGCUUGUCAGCUUAUUUUACGUUGAAUAUUCAAAAUGGAGAAAUGAUACUUUUCCUGGCAAAAUCAAAGAGAUUAUUCCGAAAUUUUCUGAUAGAAUUAAAGAAAUUACAAGUAAAUUCGAGGAAGAAUUUAAUUUAGAAAAAGGCAGGAUUCUAGAAAAGGAACACGAGAGAAUUAUCAAUCAAAUCGAAAGCAUGUAUACAACGGGACGUAUAUUUAGAAUAAACAACAUUAUUUGUGAAAAGUCCACUGAAAAUGCCGAAAAUACAGAAAAUGAUGAUUUCGAUCUUUCAUCUGAUGAAGAAAAUGAAAAAGAAGUAUUACGUGCCUAUGUGUAUUUUUGUUCAAAUUUUGGACAAGAAGCAAGUAAAAUUAUUGAAUUGCCCCCAGAAUUUCAAAAUUUAGAAUGUCUACAAUUCUCGUUUAUGAAUAAACAUCAAAUGCAUUUGAUUUCACUUGAUUUCGAAAAAAGACUCUUUUAUUCAUCAAUUGUCAAAAUUACCCUUGAAAAAACGCAGUAUAGAUUCCAACAAAGAAAAAAGAAGAAUCCUCUGGGGAGAGUUAAACUCGCGUUAGCAAAAAAUAAUUAUUCGUUGAUUAAAGGAAGCAAUACUCACUUUAAACGAGAUAUUAAAGUUAACGAGAAUAUUGUAUUGAUGGGAGAAAGAUAUUGUAUUCUAGAAGUUAUUUCCGACACUGAGUUAAAAAUAGUUGGCACUUUUCGACCUAUCGAAUCUACUUGGAUUGAUUUUCAAAUAGAACCCAAAACCAAGCUUAAUGGGUUUAUUGAAACAUAUAGAUUAAUGUAUGAAAAAUAUCCUAUUGAUGGUUGCGUGGAUGGUGGCCAAGUCAGACCUCUAAAUUUACGAGUCGUUUUAGAUAUAUCAGAUGAAGAUGAAAUUGAGAAAUAUCAAGAAAAUUUUGAAGAAUAUAUCACAGAAAUGUUUGUUGAGUUAAGACGCACUACCAAAAAACCAGCAACAAUGCUUAAAAAGUUUAAAACUUACAUGUCUUUGAUGUUUCAAAGAUUUCAGGAUGGAGCUUUAUUGUUAAAUGAUCCUAAAUUGUUUCAGGCUAAACUCUGUAUUAUAAUUAAAGAUGUUCCAUCUCAAGAUAAGGAUGAUAUCGUUAGAGAAUUUACUUUGCGAUUUAAUAGUUUGGUGGCUCAGGAAGCUGAAGACAAUUUCAUAACAAAAAUGUACCCAAGUGGAUUGGUUAUUUUACCCUGGGCUCUAUUCUCAGAUGCUGCGUAUAAGAAUCUAAAAGAUGUAAAAAGAAUGCUUGAUAAACAAGAUGCAAGAUAUGAAAAUGCUCGUACAUUUUUGCAGAAUAUUAAAGUCAUUAUGGCUAAAUUGAAGAUUUGCGAUUGGGGAUCAUUAGAUGAGAACUUGGUACAAAUUCGAGUAGCUAACCUUAGAAGAUUUAUUCCAACGGCAAUAUCUCUUGGAAUAGAACAAAAAGAUCCUACAAAAGAGCUAUUAACAAAUUAUGAUACAGGACUUGAAAUUGAGAAUCCUACGGUUCUUAUAUCUGCAAUUAUUGAAGAUUAUGAUCAAUCUACAGAAUUACUUUAUGACUCAGAUCUUUUACUUUAUGAUGAGGAAUCCAACUUCCUUGACCUUUCUAAAGAUCUGAGAUUGUAUUUUGAAGAGAAGAUUCAGCCUAGAGUCGAUUCAACAAAUGAUUCUGAAUGGUUUGCAAAUUUUGAGAAAUUCAUCAAAUAUAUAACCGAAAGAAGAGUUUAUCGAGUACAAGAAUGGUUUUCACAAAAUGUCAGUAAAUUUCCACAGGAUAACAGUGACAUUGUGAUUGGACGAUAUUCAUUAGAACAAGAGAUUGGGGGAGAUUACAAAUGUCCAAACCAGUGUAUCAUUCCGUGUGAAGAUGAACAUGACGCUCAUCAUUGUGAAAAUGACAGUGCAUGUCCUAUUCAAUGUCCUAUCCCUGACUGUCCAAGACGUUGUGAAUCUAAUGAUCAUUUUCAUGCUUUUUCCGAACUUUUGGUGAAUCAUUUUUAUUGUGAAGAACCUGGAGUAUGUAAAGUUCUAGUCGAACCUAAGAAGCAAGAAGAUGCUUACCAAGGCUUGGUAUCAACAUUUACAUUUAUAAGGCAUACCCAAGUUAGUGAAAGAUUGAAAUGCAAAAUAAAAAUCCCGCCAAAUUCGUUCGAGCACGCAGGAAAACAUUCUCAUGAUGAAAAUACGAGUGUGCAUUGUUGCGAUGUACAGUGUACGUUACCAUACGGUCAUACGCAACCAUUGCACGAAACGUCACAUGGAAAUAUGAUCCAAACUGUAUUUACUUCAAACGAUGAUAAAGAAUUUGAAUAUGGUGGUCAUAAAUUGAAGUCGGGAGAUCAGGGUACAUUUGUUAUGUGUAAUCUGCACUGUAAAGAUGCAGGCCGUCAUAGACAUAUUGAUUAUUGUAAAAACGGGAAUAAUUGUAAAAAUACAAAGAAUUUGCAACAUAUUCAGGGUAAAAUUAAUCCUGAUCCCGAUCAACCCAAGGAUUACAUUUCUCAUCGUUUAUUCUGGGAACGUACAGGAUUCAAAGAACCUUAUUCUGCUCAAGAACAAGCAGAAUUUACUAAAUGUGAUCACGAAUGUAACGAUAAAAAACAUAGAGACCCAGAUUCAUCUGGUGUACCUCCCUCUAAAUCUUAUUGUCAAUUAGAAAUUUUCCAUGAUCCAGUGGAUUCUUCAGCACCCCCUCCAGGAAAUUAUGGUUAUGUCUCAUUGGAUGGACAUCAUUUUAAUUGCGAUAAUCCUGUCACAAGAGAAGCAACGUUUCAUAUUGUUUUAGUUUUGGAUCGAUCUUCAUCGAUGAGUUAUUCAGAUAAAAAACCAAUAAAAGGCGCUAAUCUGCCUGAUCCUGUUUAUCAAAAUUUGGUUCAAAAACAUAAUAAUAGGACUGGUGCAGUCUAUUCUGCGGUUUAUUCGUUUUUAGAAACACGAAUUAGUACUGUUAAAAACAACACUCCGUCAAAUGUUGCCGCUCCUCCUAAAGACAUAGUUUCUUUGAUACUUUUUGAUAGUAGUUCCGAAAUUAUAGUUGAAAACCAAAAAUUGGAUAAUUCUAAUUACUUUAUGCAAGAAAUGCUUAAACAUGGACCGAGAGGUGGGACGAAUUUUGAUAUGGCUAUUCAAAAGGCUGGAGUAGUUAUCGAUAGACAUUUUGAUCCUUUAAAGACAAAUAUUAUUAUUUUCUGUUCUGAUGGAGAAUGUGGUGUUCCCGAAAAUCAAUUAAAGCAAAUUUGUUCGAGAAAUAAACAAAAAGGAUCACCACUUUAUCUUUACACAAUUUUAUUCGGUACCGACGCAUGUAGCACUUCUUUAGAAAGAAUGAAAGACAUUGCUAAAUCUUAUCAUCCAGCAGCCUCAUCAGGUUCAUUAAAAUGCCAAUUCUCUAAAAUAAUGACUGAAGUAAAUUUGGUUAAUCAUUUGACGGGAGUUGCAGAAAGUCUAAGACGACAUAAACCAGCAUUGUUAAAGAAAAAUGUUUAA